AUGUCCUACGAUCGCUACAUUGCCAUCGGCAGACCCCUGCACUAUGAGACCCUCCUGGGCAGCAGAGUUUGUGUCCACCUGGCAGCAGCUGCCUGGGCGUUUGGCUUUCUCACUGCUCUGCUGCACACAGCCAAUACAUUUUCCCUGCCCCUCUGCCAGGGCAAUGAUGUGGACCAGUUCUUCUGUGAAGUGCCCCAGAUGCUCAAGCUCUCCUGCUCCACAUCAUACCUCAGGGAAGUUUGGGUAAAUGUCAUUGCUUUCUCCUUAUCAUUUGGUUGUUUUGUGUUGAUUGUGGUGUCCUAUGUGCAGAUCUUCAGGGCAGUGCUGAGUAUCCCCUCUCAGCAGGGACGCCACAAAGCCUUUGCCACCUGCCUCCCUCACCUGGCUGUGGUCUCCCUGUUUACCAGCACUGGCUCCAUUGCCUACCUGAAGCCUCCCUCCCUCUCUUCCUCAUCCCUGGACCUGGUGAUUUCUAUUCUGUACUCAGUGGUGCCUCCAAAAAAAUCUGUUGCCGCUGCAUCAGUAGCGACAGAGGCAAAUUCUGACCUGACUGAGGAGAUGCCCACAGACAAAUUGGAGGUCACUAUGCAUGAAGAUUCAACUACCGACUGCGGCAGCUCAGAUUUGGAGGGCAAGGGGACCGAUGUUGGGAAGUUAAACAGUGCUGACUCUGUUCUGCAGCUCCUCUUAGAAGAAAUGGAGUGUUUGGAGGCUCACGGUUAUGGCAUUUUUACAACCAGACCCCUCCUGCGAGCCCCGGCAGUCCCAGCAGCCCCAACAGAGGCGGCCCCAACCAACACACCACUGAGCCCGACAGAAAUGACCAUGGGGUGGCCCCUGUAG